UCUGUGGCACGCUCACUGCAGGCGGAACCUGCUGAUCGACGAGGUCUCUGCCAGCAGGACUCGGAAUAUUUUUGGUUUUUCCCACAGGCGUUGUCUGGUACAGACUUGAGCAGCGCUGCUCAAGCCAUGGAGGGAGUGUGUGCUGCAGUUUGCGCGGCUUUUUCCGUGGCUUAUUCUGGGUACUUUCUCACCCACCUGGCACGUCACAUCACCCGUGCCUGGAGAGAAUCCGGUCUUUGGAGCCCAACACCAACCUCGGAGGAUCCUCUGGCUGCGUGUCUUCCUGCAGAAGAGGCCAGAGGGGAGGAAGAUGCUCCCCAAACUGCGCCUGCUGCCACUGCAGGGCCUGAGCAUCCAGCAUCAAGCACAAGGGCAGCGUCAGCACCUGCUCUAGCUGCCUCUGUACCUGAGGAAGAGGCUGAAGAGGAUGAAGGUGCCGAUGAACCUGGCCCUGCGGUCAGCCCACGGCCGGAGCAAACAACACCAAGCUCCAUCUCCUCUGUCCUGGCACCUGCACGAGCUGCAGCUGAAGGCUCGGGAGAAGGCUCCAGUGCCCAGGCUGGAAGCUCAAGCACGAGCAGCUCGUGCACCUGGAGCAUGACCAGCUCGUCUGGCAGCAGAGAGCAGCAGCGAGAGAGGACAGAGGACAAGUGCCUGGCCAUGCUGAAGAUGCUGGUGAGCGAGGGAGAUCCUGAGGCUAAAUACACAGAACUGGAAACUCUUGGCAAAGGGGGUUUCGGCACUGUGUGCAUGGCAGUGGAGACUGCCACAGGAGAAGAGGUGGCCAUCAAGAAAAUUAGUCUCCUGCAAGAGAGCAGCAGCGAGCUGUGCCUGAAUGAAAUCCAGGUCAUGCGUGGCAGUAAGAAUGCCAACCUUGUGAACUAUGUAGACAGCUACCUGGUGGAUGAGGAACUCUGGCUGGUGAUGGAAUAUAUGGACGGAGGUUCUUUACAUGAUGUCAUCAGGGAGACUCGCAUGGCAGAAGGAGAGAUAGCAGCUGUCUCUCGGGAGGUAAGGGAUGGCACUUGUGCUUCCCAUGGCUUGGUUGGGAUGGUCCUUCCAAAUGGGUGAUAAGGAGAGGAGAGAUUUCAUCUUCCAAGCCUUUCUCUUAUGUCCUUGGCAGUAGCAAGAGCAUCUGAAGUGCCUGCCAGUGUCCCUGCCCUUCUUCUGGUGUGUUUGUCUUUGCCUCUCUAAACACUUGCCUGGAGCCUGUGUGUGCUGCAUUCCUUCCCUGUAAGGGCAAAGGCGCUGGUGGUGCAAAGUGAAGCAAGGGGCAAAGACGAAGAGAUACUCACAGGACUUUCCCAGAGCUCAGCCUCAAAGGAGAGCCUUGCACCCAAAGUGGUGUUUGCAAAAGCAUCCACUGCUGUCUGGCUGCAGAGAGCACAGCCACUGCAGCAGGGCUCCUUCAGCCUGUGUUUGCAGGGCACUGGCCAGAGGAACAAUUGCCCUUUCUCUUUCAGAAGCAAACAUACCCUCACUUAGAAAGGCACUGCUGUUCUCGUGGUGGAGCAGCAGGCUCCUGCCCUUGCCAGCAGCCUGUCCUGCCAUGGCUCACCAUCCCCCAGGAAGUCAGUGUUGCAGAUGUGCCACUUUUCUGCCUGUGGGAUGAAGUCCACUUAGGCUCGUGUUUCUUUUUCCUCUCUCAGUGCCUGCAAGGCCUGGAUUUCCUGCACUCCAAGCAAG